UGCGAAACAACCUUGCCCGAGGUUGUCUGGAGCUGGGCGGGUCCCGCAGCCCCUAAAUUGAAACCCACUGGGGUAUUACGGGCGUGAGUUGGGCCUGGCCGGCGCUAACUGUCCUCCGCCUGCUGUGGGGAAAGGCAUUGACCAGUACUUCUUGGAUGAAUUUGACCAUGGAGACUUGAAUGUUAGGUUUCCAUAAGUGAAUAAAUUGGUUCAAUCCUGUUUGGAGCAAUGUUGAAAUUCCAAGAGGCUGCUAAGUGUGGAAGUGGAUCAAUAGCCAUUUCCACUUCUCCACAGGCCUUGAUUGCAAGAAGAUAUGUGCUUCAGCAGAAACUUGGCAGUGGAAGUUUUGGAACUGUCUAUCUGGUUUCAGAUAAGAAAGCCAGACAAGGAGAGGACUUAAAGGUACUGAAGGAAAUCUCUGUUGGAGGACUAAAUCCAAAUGAAACUGUACAGGCCAACUUAGAAGCCCAGCUCCUAUCCAAGCUGGACCAUCCAGCCAUUGUCAAGUUCUAUGCAAGCUUUGUGGAGCAAGAUAAUUUCUGCAUUAUCACAGAGUACUGUGAGGGCCGUGAUCUGGACUGUAAGAUUCAGCAAUAUAAAGAAGCUGGGAAAAUUUUUACAGAAAAUCAAAUAAUAGAAUGGUUUAUACAGUUGUUGCUAGGAGUUGACUAUAUGCAUGAAAGGAGGAUACUUCAUCGAGACUUGAAAUCAAAAAAUAUAUUUCUGAAAAAUAAUCUACUUAAAAUUGGGGAUUUUGGAGUUUCUCGACUGCUAUUGGGAUCCUGUGACCUGGCCACAACUUUAACUGGAACUCCCCAUUAUAUGAGUCCUGAGGCUCUUAAACACCAAGGCUACAACACAAAAUCAGAUAUUUGGUCAUUGGCAUGCAUUUUGUAUGAGAUGUGUUGUAUGAAUCAUGCAUUCACUGGCUCCAGUUUCUUGUCCAUUGUUUUAAAAAUUGUUGAAGGCAAUACACCUUCACUCCCUGAGAGAUAUCCAAGAGAACUAAACACCAUCAUGGAAAGCAUGUUGCACAAGAGUCCUUCGUUGAGACCAUCUGCCAUAGAAAUUUUAAAAAUUCCUUACAUUGAUGAACAACUACAGCACUUGAUACAUAAAUAUUCGGAAAUGACUAUGAAAGACAAGAAGUUGGAUUGUCAGAAGGAAGCUGCUUAUAUAAUUAAUGCCAUGCAGAAAAAGAUCCACCUGCAGACUCUGCGGGCACUGUCUGAAGUGCAGAAAAUGACGCCGAGAGAAAGGAUGCGUCUGAGGAAGCUCCAGGUAGCAGAUGAGAAAGCCAGGAAGCUGAAAAAGAUUGUGGAAGAAAAGUAUGAAGAAAAUAAUAAGCGGAUGCAAGAAUUGAGAUCACGGAACUUUCAGCAGCUGAGUAUUGAUGUACUCCAUGAAAAAAAAUAUUUAAUGGGAACAGAAGAAAAGACGGAGCGACCUCAGGGAAGACUUUCUUGUUCACACCAGGAGGAGGAUGAAGAGAGGCAGCCAGGAGGGGAAGAGGAAUUAGAUGAACCAGCUUCAGAGAACCUGCCAGAGACUCAGCCUAUUCCUUCCCUGGAUCUCAAUGAACUUGAGUCAAGCAUAGAGGACAACAUAGUUGACCUUGGAUAUUAUGAUGAGAUUCCAAAGCUCAAGAAACUUAAAGCAGUUGCCUAAUGUCACAGAAGUAGGUGUCUUCUACCAGCCAACACAGCAUCCAGCUACUGGAUAAACUCCUUCAGUCUCUGUGCAGUCUCCUUCUAUUCCCUUUGAAAGACUGAAUUUCCUGACCUGGAUUCAUUUCUCUGAAUCAGGUGGAGAAAAGACAAAUUUUUCCCCUGUCAUUUUGGCUUUUGCUCUUCAAAGAAAAAAGAAAAAAAAUUCAAAGAAAUAUUAUAGCUUUGCCUGAGGGAGAAUCAUCUUGACACAUAGGAUAAAAUCACAGACUCUAGAGCUCCAGAGAGACCUGUUUCCAAAAGGAUUAUUUUCUGUUCUGUGUGUGUGUGUGUGUGUGUGUGUGUGUGUGUGUGUGUGUGUAGGGGGAGUGGAGAGCCCUUAGUGCACUUGAUCAAAUAUAGAGAUGUCACUCAGAGGAAAACAGCAGGACCUGCUGUCCUAUAUAUAAAAAGGUACUGUACGGUACUUAAUUUAGCCCUUCGUACAGAAAGGGUCAUGAAUAUGCAUUUUGGCGAGAAAAUUAUUUCUUUUCACAGCCUCAUGUGAUGCUGUAGGCUAAGCUAAUCAAGGUAGUUAAUUUUAGCCCUAGUUUUGAGGAUUUAUUUUAGAAAAGGUCAAGGUACCAACCUAUAGCUUGUUAUGUGAGAGAAACAUUGCGGAGAUGUAAAACCAAGCAACUGCUGUGCAGCUCCCCUCAAGAUCAUAAUGUCUUGUUUGUAUUUGAGAUUCAGUUUCAUUUGCAGCCAGUGACAUUAUUGACAAGGCAGAUUUGAUCCCUGCUAUGCUAUGAAAGACCUGGUGUGCUGUGAGAUCUGGGAGGUUUGUGAGGAUCCUUUCUCUGAGGCAUGGGGUGGGAUUGGGCAUUUGUGGAAGCCCUAUGUGUAGAUAUUGUAUAAAAGGAAGUAAAGAAAGGAAUCACACAAUUACAAGGCUUGGUGUGAGAACUCUUUUUGGUGUGACACUGGCUCACAGCGGGUAUGAGAUGUUACUUCCUGUACUCCACCAAGUCCAGAACUAAGACAGCUGGAGUCCUGCAAUGGUCUGAGGUUCGUUUCUCUUUCCAGGGUGGGCAUGGUCUAUGGUGGGUGGUGUGCUGGCCAGGAGGGGAACUGAAGGUCAGAGAGAAGAGACCCACAUUCUAGCGCAGUGCUGGUGAACCCAUGCCACAUGUGCCGCAGCGGGCACGCAGAGCCCUUUCUGUCAGCACACAUGCCCAGUUGUCCCAGCAUUGCCCCAGCAGCCAAGCAUCAGAUAUUCAGGUUUAAAUUUCAGUGUUGGCACUUUGCAAUAAGUGAGUUUUGGGUUGUAGUUUGGGCACUUAUUCUCUAGAUUUGCCAUCACUGUUCUUAACCAAAUUGGAACUGAAGGCUGUGUACUAGCAGGUAUAGAGAGAGGGCACCCUGGGACGAUGCUGUCCAAAAGAGUUUCCCACAAUCUUAGAAAUACGCUGUAAUCUCGAUAAUAGCCACAUGUGACUAAUAGCUACCAUUCUGGAGAUGGAAAUUCUGGAAGGAGCAGCACUUUCAAGGAAUGAAGUUGGAAAGCAAGAUUGAGUUCAAAGAAAAAUGUAAAGUGUCCAGGUUACAAAAGCCAAAGUUGUGACUCAAAGGUACAUAUGAGAGCUAUUCUGGAAAGCAUUAGAAAAUUAAAGUUGUUAGGACCCAGCCUAGGGCAUCCAAUCAAACUCCCUUUUGGUUUAGGCCUUUAAAUAAGAGCUACCAAAUUCAUUGGUAGGAAAAGGUAGGUCUAGGAAAGUGGGUCGCAACUACAUGAGUAGAAGGCCUUUCUUACCAAAAUGAAAAUUUUUUACUGAAUUGUAUUGGCAGUUGGGGAGCCAUUAAAGGGGGAGAGUAACAUAGUGCUUUAGGCAAUAUUUGCUGCUUAUAGGCAGCAACGUGUAAGAUGAUGGAGGUGGGUGAUGGAGGUGAUUGCAGAGCUGGGUGUUAAAACUUAUUUGGAAGCAACCUGUAUACCCAUCAACAGAUGAUUAGAGGCUGGGGGGAAGGGGAAAGGGAUUAAAAAAAGAAAGAACCAAGCUGUAUUAUAUACAUGUACCCACUCCCCAAGAUGAUUAUAAGCUGCAUGUACUGCAAACAUGUAUAAAUAAAAACAAACU